CCCAAACUUUAUAGUGCCAAUUGUCCAAACAUAACUUUUUCUAAAGGUCCUGGAAGACACUGCAUCUACACGCCCCUGUCUGUCAAAAAUGAAGUUUAAUGUGGUAUUAACUUUACUACUUGUGAGUAUUGUGGGAAUUGCCAUUCAGGGUUGUCAUGGCAAGGUUGUGCAGUUUAUUUUCGGGGAUUCCUUGUCUGAUGUUGGUAACAACAAGUACCUUUCUAGGAGCCUGGCUCAGGCCAGCUUGCCUUAUUAUGGUAUUGAUUUUGGCAAUGGUCUGCCUAAUGGAAGGUUCACCAAUGGCCGAACUGUUGCUGAUAUAAUAGGUGACAACACUGGUCUCCCAAGGCCACCAGCUUUCUUGGAUCCAUCUGUGACAGAGGAUGUGAUAUUGGAAAAUGGGGUAAAUUAUGCCUCUGGAGGAGGUGGAAUUUUGAAUGAAACAGGAGGUUAUUUUAUUCAGAGGCUCUCUCUUUGGAAGCAAAUUGAGCUGUUUCAGGGGACAACUGAAAUGAUUAAGAACAAAAUUGGCAAACGAGCAGCGAAGAAGUUCUUUAAUGACGCCCCCUUUGUGGUUGCUUUAGGGAGUAAUGACUUCAUUAACAAUUACUUAAUGCCAGCUUAUACUGACUCAUGGACGUACAAUGAUCAAACUUUUAUUGAAUACUUAAUGGAAACACUUCAAAAACAACUCUUGGUAUUACAUAACUUAGGAGCACGGAAGUUAAUGGUGUUUGGUCUAGGACCAAUGGGUUGCAUACCUCUGCAAAGGGUCCUAAGUACAUCUGGACAGUGCCAGGAAAGAGCAAACAAGCUGGCUCUUAGCUUCAAUAAAGCUUCAAGCAAGUUAUUAGUAGAAAUGGACAGUAAACUUCCCGGUGCUAGCUUCAAAUUUGGAGAUGCUUAUGAUAUUAUAGAUGAUGUGAUUCGCAAUCCAUACAAAUAUGGAUUUACUAACUCUGACUCGCCAUGUUGUUCAUUCGGAAAUAUUCGACCUGCUCUCACAUGCAUACCAGCAUCAACAUUGUGUCAAGAUAGAAGCAAGUAUGUCUUUUGGGAUGAGUACCACCCAUCAGAUAGUGCCAAUGAGCUCGUUGCUAAUGAGCUUAUCAAGAAAUUUGGAUAUCUAGGUGUUGAUGCUCCUGCUCCUGCUCCUGCUCCAAAAUCUGCCAUUGCUCCCUCUCCACAUAAUGAAUAA